UGAAAAGAAAGAAUAAAUAAAAACCUCCUGAAGCUGUUGACCAAUAGGAAGAUAGUUUUAUUGCUAUUGCCCGUAUUUGAUGACGUAAGCGUGUGCAUAAAACAGCGCGUGAAAAUGCUUUUCUACUCGUUCUUCAAAUCCUUGGUGGGUAAAGAUGUGGUGGUGGAGUUAAAGAAUGACUUGAGUAUAUGUGGAACCCUGCACUCGGUAGAUCAGUAUCUGAACAUCAAACUCACAGAUAUUAGUGUCACUGACCCUGAAAAGUAUCCUCACAUGUUGUCUGUGAAAAACUGCUUCAUCCGGGGGUCAGUGGUGAGGUACGUCCAGCUCCCGGCAGAUGAGGUGGACACACAGCUGUUACAGGAUGCAGCGCGUAAAGAAGCCAUGCAACAGAAACAAUGAUUUUUUUUUUCCCUUCUUGGUGGAAAAAAAAAAAAAAAAAAAUAAAAUCGGACUACACUUUUCUUUUAAGCUCAGAUUUUGUAUUGUGUUGGUCUAAGGAAUGUAGUGGACGAUGUUUUUCUGUACACGUUCACUUGGCACAUGGGGUUACCUGGGUUUUUUCCAGAUUAAGUUGUAGUACUCAGCCUGUGAAUGCAGAAUUGACCUAGGUAUAAUGUUUCUAUGUUUAAAUGCAUUUUAUUACAUUUAGUUUUUUUUUUUUUUUUUUUUUUAUUCAAUCAGGAAAACAAGAAGAGCCCCAAAAUGUUUAGUCAUAAUCAGACACAGUAGUGUCCCACUUCUGUUUUGUUGAAAUGAAAAUAAAACCGAUACCAUGUUGAAUAAUUGUGGUAAUUUCUGUCUAAACUAUUUUGACAUCUGUUUGCUCUGAAUUUGUUUUUUUAUAUAUCCGGCAUAGCUCCCUUCAUGUGCACUUUUUCUUUAAAAGCUUGUGGUAUAUUUAGAGGUCUUUCAGAGAAAAGGUUCCCUCUUGUCCAAGGAGUCUUAGAUAGGCCACAUUAUAAUUCUGGUAUAUUGGGAACAUGUGAGAUUCUUCCCACUUACUAAUAACUAGCUGUUAGAGCAUGGGUGGGCUCAGGUUUUCAGUCCAACCAAUCAAGGGCCACGCCUGAUGGUCAUUGAAAAUAAACAUCAUUAGAUUGAAACAGGUAGAAUUUGGUGUGGACUUGCUUGAUUGGAAUGAAAACCUGCAUGCACACUGGCUCUUUGAGGAAAAACAUUACAAGCAUGAAUUAAUUGAUGAUUAAUACAUUAACAAUUUAGUGUGUCUGAUGCCAUCUUAACACAAAACAUGGUGCAUUUGUGUGUCCUUUAAGGGUCUGUCCUGCUCCCAACAUAGCUGGUGUGAAUAAUCAGCUAAUUAACAAAGAUUCCUAAGUUAAAGUGGUUGUGUUAAAGCAGGAAAAAAUAAAAAGUAUGCAAAACCACCAAUCUAUGGUUGUUUUGUCUAGUUCCAGUCCUGGAGCUUCCAGUGCACAUUUCCCCUGAUUUAACACACCAGACUCAAUUAGUUAGAUAAUUCAUUAAUGAGCUUAGUAUGACUUUGUGAAAGCAGAGAAACAAUUUGACACCUGAUAAUUAUUUUCUAAUUAUUUAAAUGUUUUUGCGGGUAACCAAGUGGACCAUUAUAGGUGAAUGCUAACAGGCUAAUUUCCACCUGGUGAAACAUAUACAGGAAGAGAUCUUUUUGGACAAGAGUUUAAUCAUGGAGUGCAUUAUCCAAAAUCCUCAGUAUGUGUCAGAAACCAGUAUGGACAACGACCAGAAGGAAGGAUAUUUCAGUGACAGCUCUAUGCGUGACUACUCAGUGUGUGACCUAUCAGAUGAAGAGAUUUCAACAAAGAAAGAGAAGCACUUGAGACUUGGCCCUGAAGACCUAAAUGACACCAUUCCUUAUGACUAAAUCAUAUCAAUAAUAUGGGCGCACAUAUUGCACCCUAAAUGUAUAAAUGUAUUAGAAACAUGCUUGGAAUGUUUUAAUUCAAUUAAAAAUUUUGUUCUAUA